CACCAGGGGCCCUCGCACUGUAGCUUUAAACAGGCGGCCUGCUCCUUUUAGGUGACGGGGGACUGUGUAACAUGAGUCGCGAUGAAAACUGUGCGCCUGGUCCGACUGCCAGGGCAGAUGCUGUUCGCCAUAGAGAAAGAAGGGUUGCAUGAUGGAUCCUGUCCCGCUGCUGCUCAUCAUAGUCACAUCUUUGCCGUUUUGCUCGGCAGUCUACGCCGGGCCCCUCCAACCGGAGAUCUCCAAUGGUACUUUCCAUCACUUCUUUGUCCCGGACGGGGAUUACGGAGAAACUGAAGACCCUGAGGACUGCCAGAUGUUGUUUAAAUUCUCGGAUGUGUAUCCAUGUGGGGCCUCUGAAGAGAGGGACACCGUGGUGAGGGACGACUUCAUCAUCACCACGCUGCAGGCGGAGGACGCGGCGCGGCUGCUGGAGGGCAUCGGCCGGUCUGUGGCGCACGACCUGGACGGAGAGGACAGCUACGGGAAGUUCCUCCAGCGGGAGGUCUCCCAGAUCGGCGAGGCGUUUUCUAACGUGGACAAGUCUCUGCUGGAGCUGGAGGUGAAGUUUAAACAAAGUCAAGAAACGGAGCUGAGAGAGGAGCAACAAUUGAACGGCUAUGUAAUGAAGCAAGUGAGUGACAUCCGGGGAGCUCUGAGGGAAACUACAGACAUCGCUUUGGGACUGAAAGAUAAACACGAGCUGCUGUCUCUCAUCAUUCGCAGUCAUGGUACUAGACUGAGCCGCCUGAAAACAGAGUAUCUUAAUGUUGGCUCAUAGUGUGGUUAUUGAGAGAUAUGUGUGUGUGUGUGUGUGUGCGUGUGUUCGGGCGCAUGCGUACGUGCGUAUGUUUAUGUGACCCUCCAGUUCAACAAACAACUGGAAAGUUGUGGCUUAUGAAUUAAUAUCUCUGACGUUUGGCUAUCCCCAAUCUUUGGACAUGUCAUUAAAAGGAGCUUUAACACAAACAUCAAGACAUUCCAAAGGAAAUGUGAACAUAAAUUAUGUCUGCAUGGAGUCCUGUGUGCCACCAGAGUACGAAAAUAAAAGCCCUCCGAGUGGAUUUAUUAGUCUCCGAAUCAAUAUUAUACCUAUACAUUUUUGUCUGUAUGGUUUAAAUUAUGUUGUUUAUACAUUAUGUAGGUUAUAACUGAUCAAAUAAAUGCUUAUUAUUCAUCUUAUAUCUUAACUUCCCCUUUUACUUUUAAGCAAGACAUUAUGCUUCAGUGUCUCUAACAAUUAAGAAUUUUGAUGUCAAAAGUAGUUCAUGUUGCAUCAUAUUCAUAAGUUUUAUCCUGCAUAUACACAAACUACCAACAGUGCUGUAUUUAAAAAAAAAA